GUGGGAUUUGUAAAGCUUUUUCGUAAUGCAGAAAAUAAUGGAAAUGGAGUUUGACAAGCACGUGAAGGAAGGAAAAGGCAAGAGAAAAAGCAAAAGUGAAUCGGGCUGGGUAGACAGACAGAGUCCACAGUGUGCGCAGAAAAGGCAGCACGGCCGACCCACUGGAGUAGUAGUGACUACCUCCAUUCCACACGAUUUUUUUCCUUCGCUUUUUGCGCGCUCUCUCUCUCUCUCUCUCUGCCUGCCUUCUGAUUGCCUGCGCAAACUUCUAGGGCAAGUUGUCGUUCUUCUUCGCUUCGCUUCGCUGGGGAUCACUUAUUGGUGCUCCGCUGCUUUGGCUGCGUUUUGCGGAUUUCGAGGAUUUUUUACUGUGCAGAUGGUGUUGGUGGAAUGGCGAGUUCGUCGGGGAACACGGUGAAGUUGGAGGAGCUGCCCAAGGGUUUUAGAUUCCGGCCGACGGACGAGGAGCUCGUCAGCCAUUAUUUGAGGCUCAAGAUCAACGGUCAUCAUUCCGCCGUCGAGGUCAUCCCUGAGGUCGACGUUUGUAAAUGGGAGCCGUGGGAUCUUCCUGCACUCUCUGUGAUCAAGUCCAACGACCAAGAAUGGUUCUUCUUCUGCCCCCGGGAUAAAAAAUAUUCAAAUGGGCAUCGGUCCAAUCGAGCUACAGAAGCAGGUUAUUGGAAAGCUACUGGAAAGGAUCGCAUGAUCAAAUCCCGCAAAUUGUUGUCUUCAGGUCACUCCAGUUCCCACAUAAUUGGGAUGAAGAAGACUCUAGUUUUUCACAGGGGCCGAGCUCCCAAGGGUGAACGGACAAAUUGGAUAAUGCAUGAGUAUCGUGCUACUGAACCUGAUCUUGAUGGAACUGGACCUGGACAGGGAGAUUAUGUCCUGUGUCGCUUUUUCCACAAGGUUGAUGAGAAGGUCGAGAAAUGUGAUGAUGCUGAACAUACAGGAUUAUCUCCAUCUACUAACAAGUCAUCACCGGAUGAGGUAUCAUCAGAUUUGUUUCGAGAACCUGCAAUGGUAGAUGUGAAAAGUAUAAAGAAACCUGAGGACAUGAGUACAUGGUGGACAGAUCAGGCUGAUUGUAUGACUCCUAUUAACCAAGUGUCAUCAGGUGGAGUCACUCAUGCACAAGACCUAAAGGAUGUAGAGGUGUAUGCGCCAUUAAUAGAUUUUUCAAUCUCUGGAGAAGCCACACAAAGUCAAUUUGAUGGGAAGAUCUCAGAUGCCAGACAGCUAGACAGUUAUGCUGAUUUGAAAGCUUUCAUAGGUUCUCCGUUUUCUGAUGACUUUGGAAAUGAACGAAAUGCCUCUCAUUUCCAAGAUGGCACAUCUGAACAGGAUGCAUCCUUGUCUGAGAUAUUGGAAGGCCUUCAGAACCAUGGGUACUACUUCAGUGAAGAGUCUACCAGCCGCAAGAAAUCAGUUGAAAGUGACGGAUUUGUUCCUAAGCAUGUUGAUGGUGCAGAGCAAAGACCAUCUGCAAUUUUUCAGGAGCAAAUAUGUCCGAUAUUUUCUGAAGGUGCACCGACCAAGGGCAAUGUGUUCCCUCACUAUGCUGUUGAAGGGAUUGAUUCUUCAAGCCAAGUGAGAGAUUCAUGUGACAAGCCAUUCAAGGCAUUUCAUAAUACAAAAUCAGUUAAAGAUGAUUGCAGUCCAGUUGGUGAAACUGGAAUCAGAAUUCACUCACAUCAGCCACAAAACUAUGGGUACUAUUUCAGCGAAGAGUCAAAUAGCCGCAAGAAAUCAGUUGAAAGUGAUGGUUUUCUUCCUAAGUAUGUUGAUGGUGCAGAGCAAAGGCCUUCUGCAAAAUUUCAGGAGCAAAUACUUCCGAGAUUUUCUGAAGGUGCACCGACCCCGAGCAAUGUGUUCCCUCGCGCUGUUGAAGGGAUUGAUUCUUCAAGCCAAGUGAGAGAUUCACGUGACAAGCCAUUUGAGGCAUUUCAUAAUACAGAACCAGUUAGAGAUGAUUGCAAUCCAGUUGGUGAAACUGGAAUAAGAAUUCGGACACGUCAGCCGCAACAUAACCCAAGUUACGUGAGCUCUACAAUUCAUGGAACUGCACCAAGGAGAAUCAUUCUCCAGCUGGAGACACUAAGUGAACCAAACAAUCAAUGUUACAGAAAAUCUAAGGGAGGAGACAAUGAAUCACCAUCACGCAGUACAAAAGCUUCCGAAAAUGGAAGAAAGACUUUCAAGUCUCUUGGCUCAGAAGAUAGAAUUCUCGACAAGAAUACAGAGACUAAACAAACGUGCUUGUUUUCAGCAAUGUUGUCUGCACGUGGAGGUGCAAACUAUUUGAAAGAGUAUGCUGUCGGGACUUACAUAUUUUUAAUCUUGUUGGUAGUUUUCCUAGGGAUGUUGGCAUGCCCCAGCUUGCUUGUGCAGCAUAGUUGACAUAUAAUCCUGUUCAGGUAGUAAUGUUAUGGUGCUGUUCUUUUUUGUUGUCAUCAUUGAGUUAGUGGGGAAUCCUUACCAGUUUGUACUAGUUGUAUUUGUGUAGAAAGAAGUCUGUAUCGAAGUAGAUCGUGUUGCAUAACAGGAAUGGUUUCAACAUGUUUUUUUUUUUUUUCCUGUCAAAUUUGUUGUAGACUAAUGGUUAAUGUAACUUAGCUUUUAACUCUCACUAAAUCCUCAAUUCUAAGGAGGUUUGGAUCAUUAAACUGUCCCUUAACCGAUAUUUGUAAAUUUUAUAGGAUUGAGAUUCUUUC